GCGAUAUGUUAGUAUGUCACGAUACUGCAGUGUGGUACAUGACACCGCGGAGGCUAAGCGAUGGUGAAAUGGUUGUGUCUUGUUACCUUACUCUCGCUCGUGUAUGGACAAAACACGGAUUUGUAUGAGUUAAACAUCAUACAUUACAAUGACUUUCAUGCACACUUCGACGAGAUAAGCCCGACCGGAGGUAUUUGCAACCCGGAUGAGACUUGCAUUGGAGGUUUCGCCCGGUUGUACACCGGCGUAAGACAGCUGCAGGAGGCGGAGCCCGACUCUCUACUCUUGAAUGCAGGAGACACCUUCCAAGGCACCAUCUGGUAUAACUUCCUACGAUGGAAUGUCACCCAGCACUUCAUGAAUAUGCUCGAACAUGAUGCACAUGUCCUUGGUAACCACGAGUUCGAUCAUGGUGUCGAAGGUUUACUACCAUACCUGGAAAGACUAAACUCACCAAUGCUGGGCGCUAAUGUUAAUACCACUUUUGAACCUGAAUUAGGAAAGUAUGUAAAGAAUCAUAUCGUAGUGGAACGGCGAGGCAGGAAGAUUGGAAUCAUCGGCGUGUUACUACGUCAAUUUUCAGCGCCAAUAGGUAGAGUGGUAAUGGAAGAUGAGCUGACGGCGGUAAAUCGUGAAGCGGCCGAGCUGACCGCGCAGGGCGUUGAUGUUAUUAUAUUGCUAUCUCAUGUCGGAUACACUAGUGACCUAUUUUUAGCAGAGCGCGUAUCCCCAACAGUGGACAUAAUAGUGGGCGGGCAUUCUCACUCUUUGUUAUACAACGGCGAAGCUCCCGAUGGCACGAGGCCGAUCGGGGAAUACCCCACUGUAGUAACGAGGUCCGAUGGUCAUAGAAUCCCUGUAGUGCAAGCUCAUUGCUACACACGGUAUUUGGGGAACAUUAAAUUAUUUAUUAAUAACCAAGGUAUCAUAGAAAGGUGGGAAGGUCAGCCAGUCUUCUUGGGUUCCUCUAUUGUUCAAGAUCCUCUGAUGCUGGAGGAGUUGGAGCCAUGGCGUGAGGAGGUGGACGCGGUGGGCAAGGAAGUGUUAGGCAGGACGCAUGUCACCCUCACGCGGUCCUGCUUCAGUGCGGAGUGCAACCUCGGCAACUGGGCUUGCGAUGGACUGCUAGAACAGGUAAUGGAUCGGGCGAAAACUGGCGCUUGGAACGACGCUCAUGUUUGUAUGGCCAAUGCGGGAGGACUAAGAAUGCAGAUUAACCCGGGAGAAGUGACAACUGAGGCUCUGCUGAUGGCGAUUCCAUUUGAGAACUACGUUCAGGUGUAUGACCUGAAGGGUCAAUAUUUACUGGACGCGUUGGAGUUCUCAGUCGGCACUGCGCAGACGCCCGGCUCUUUUAACAGCCGUAGGAUGCUGCAAGUUGCUGGUAUGCGCGUAGUAUACAACGCGUCAUCUGAGGUGGGAUCCCGCGUUGUAUCCGCGCACAUCCGUUGCAUAGAGUGCGACAUACCGCGGUAUCUGCCGCUAGACGUCAACAAGACGUACCGCGUGCUCACACAGAGUUACAUAGGAGACGGCGGCGGCGGGUACACGAUGUUGUCAGAAAACAGGGAAAAUGUGGAGAACUUGGAUGUGGACUACGUGAUGCUGCAGAGGCACAUGAGGAAGCAGCGCAACGUCAUACAGGGCCACGAUGGCAGGAUACAGGUCGUUUUCUGAUACACUGAACUACCGAUUUUAAAAAUUCUUUUUCCAUUGGUAAGCUAUAUUAUCAUAGAGUAACAUAGGCUGUAUUUAUUUCUAUAUGUUUUUAAUUUCUUUUAAAGUCGCGUGCAAAAACUAUAAAUUAAUCUAUGGUUUAAAGGAGUUUUGACAACAGACCAAAUAAGAUAUGACCCAAAGGUCUAUGUUACCAGGUCAUAAAAUUUAAAAAAAAAUUGACAACGGACGGUUACU